GUCGGGGUUUUGUAGCGAACGAGGAGAGGAGGGAGGGGAUGAUGGGUUUCGCGACCGUGGGCUUCUUCCCUUCUCCUUCUCCUUUUUGCGCCUUUUCCUCCUCCUCCUCCUUGUCCCCCAAUGGUUCGGUAUCUUCUUCCUCUUCCUAUUCCCCUUCUCCUUCUUCUUCUUCUUCUUCUUCUUCUUCUCCAUGGCUGGUGUUAGUGGAUAACUCGGGGGAACAAACCCAACGAGAAAAGCUGGGUAUUUCGAGCUCUCACAAGUGGAGAAUGGUGAUAUCCUACGAUGGCACCAAGUUCAAAGGAUGGCAGUACCAACAGUCGCCGCCAACCAUACAGUGCCUUAUUGAGAAUGCAUUAAUACGCAUCACAAAGCUAGACCGCAAGGAACUCUGUUUAGUUGGCGCAAGCAGGACUGAUACUGGUGUUCAUGCUUGGGGUCAGGUAGCACACUUCACUACACCAUUUACUUAUGACAGCCUGGAAAGUCUGCAUGCUGCGAUGAACGGGCUUCUUCCCCCGGAAAUCCGAGUGAGAGAAAUCAGUGCGGCGCUCCCUGACUUCCAUGCACGCUUCUCGACAAAGAGCAAGAUUUAUCACUACAGGAUCUAUAAUGGACUAAUCAUGGAUCCUUUUCAGUCCCUUUAUGCCUACCACAGUGCUUAUAGACUUAAUCCUUGUGCCGUGAGGGAGGCCGCAGCGUAUUUCGUUGGAAAGCACGACUUCUCAUCUUUUGCCAAUGCAUCGCGUAAUGAUCGUGAAGUGGAUCCUGUGAAACAAAUCUUUCGAUUUGAUGUCACUGAAGUGGAAGCUCUUUUGCAGCUUGAGGUUGAAGGUACUGGUUUCUUAUACAGACAAGUGAGGAAUAUGGUAGCUCUACUACUUCAAAUCGGAAGAGAAGCACUUCCUCCAGAUAUUGUCCCGAAAAUAAUUGCUGCAAGGGAUCGUAAAGAGCUUGCGAAGGUUGCCUUAUCAGCUCCACCGCACGGAUUGUGUCUCAUGUCUGUUAACUAUAACCAGAAAGUUCUUGAACCUCCUGAAGGAUACCCACCAGCAAGUUUUGGUAGGAGUCAUCAAGUCAGUAAAUGUAAGCUUACUUUUUAUUGAUUCAUAUGCAUAUUCUCCAAGUACACCCCCACCCAAACCCUGCCCACCGUUUUUUUGUGGGUUAAAUUGUCUUUCUCGGUUGAGUUACUGUUGAUUGUUUUGAUGAAACUAUGAUUUAGCGAAUUCUAAUUUUGGCAAAAAUGAAAUAACAAUAAGCACAUGUUCUCGCUUCCCCUUUGGUUGGCUGUAUUAUCGGAUUCGCCGAGUACGCUCUUCUACAGUGGAGCUCCUUUUGAAACUUGAA